UGUUGUUUGGAGCUCGCGCUCAGCUGAUCGUGACGCAGCGGCGCGGCCGGGAGGAGAAGGGCGGCGGAGCGACAGAUAUAGCCGCACGGAGGAGCCCCCGGUCUGGGUAUGAGGAGCGGCAGCGCGGCGGGACGGGAGAGAGCGUGAGGGACGGGUGCGUGCGUGUGUUUAUGUCGGCGGUAGAGGCCGUUUAAGAGAAUAAGCCACAGCCUCUCGCGGAGGAUCCGCCUCUUCUCUUUCAGCCGCUUCACCCAAAAUAAUCCAGCAGUGUUUACGGAGAGGCGCUGCGCCCGACCGGCCGCUGGACACUUCUAAAAAAGAGGUCGAGAGGCUCAGUGAGGAGGGGAAGACAUGGUGGAUUAUUAUGACGUUCUGGGUGUGUCACGCAGCGCCUCUCAAGAUGACAUCAAAAAAGCCUACAGGAAGCUGGCCUUGCGGUGGCACCCAGACAAGAAUCCAGACAACAAAGAGGAGGCAGAAAGAAAAUUCAAGGAGAUUGCAGAGGCCUAUGAAGUCCUGUCAGACAGAAGCAAAAGAGAAGCCUAUGAUACCUAUGGCAAAAGCGACAUGCCGAGUUCAGGCUCCAGAGGUAGCACUUAUACCGACGACUUCCCAGGAUUCACCUUCACAUUCCGCAGCCCAGACGAGGUGUUUCGAGAGUUCUUUGGAGGCCAAGAUCCAUUUGCCGACUUCUUCGAUGAUUUCCCAUUUGGAGGCAUGCACAGCGCUUUUCACAACCAUGGAUCCUCCAGACUCGGGACCAGCCGGUUCUUCUCCUUCCCCUCAACAGAUGUUGAUUUCACCUCCUUCUCUUCCUCCUCCUCCUCAAUGGGGGGUAUGGGAGGGGGAAAUUUUAAGUCUGUGUCCACUUCCACACGCGUCGUCAACGGGAAACGCACCACCACAAAAAAGAUCAGAGAAAAUGGGCAAGAGAGAACAGAGAUUGAGGAGGAUGGGGUUUUGAAAAGUAUCCUCAUCAAUGGUGUGGAAGAUGAGAUGGCCUUAGCUCUGGAAAUCAGUCGCAGAGAGCAGACCAGCCAGCCUCAGCGGACGCAUCAGCAGCAGCUCCCUCCGAGAGACCCCCAGCCUGAGCUGGCUAACCACACCCCCCGAAAUGCAACUCAGCGCUCCUUCAGCUCGGCCCCCUUCUUCAGUUGCCCCGGAGUCACUGAGGACGAGGAUGAUGAAGACCUGCAGAUGGCCCUGGCCUACAGCCUCUCAGAGAUGGAGGCCCAGCAGCGAGCGGCCGCCUCCGCCCAGGACAUGAUUUCAGGUGCUGGGGGAGGGAGGGACAAGCAAACUCGGGGUGGCCAAGGAGGGAAUUUGGGGGAUUUCACUCAUGAGCCCAGAGCAGAGAGUGAUGGCACAGAUGACUCAGCACAAAGCAGCCCCUCGUCUCCAGAGGAGUUAGGAACAGGGAAGGGUUCAGAAAGCAGUGUCAGCCCGGAAGUGGUUAUUGUAGAGGACAGAGAGGAUGAGGAGCCCAUAAGGAAUGGGGCCACAGUGCAGAAAAGAAGGAGAAAAUGUCGAUGUGUGGUGUUUUAGUGGGAGCUUCUGACGAUCCUGAGCAGUGGAAUGAUUAAAAGCUGGAAUGGAGCACUGCUAAACACUGCUGCAUGAUAUUAUCAAUAUUAACCCUCGGAAUGGCUGUUGUGGUGUUCUUAACCCCGUCUGUUUGUGCAGUGUGCCUAACAGGAGAUCUCUGCCUGUUGUUGCAGAGCUUAUGCCACCGAGUAAAGGGGUGUAAGGGAGUGGGGGUGAUUUAUUUUGUUAUUUUUUGUCAGUGUGGUGUGAAUAACAGGACUGGUGCCAAUAUGAAUGUUUAUGACCUGAAAAUUAGUUCAUCUAACAACUGACAUUUUCAUAUUAGUUUGCAAAAGUAAUAGAUGUUUGUUUGUGCCUGUGAAAUCCAGUCGCAUAAACUGAAACAACUGAACAAAUCACAUGCAGUUAUAAACUGUAUAUUUGUGCUUUACCUAACUUCACCUUUUAGCUGAAAGGUAAUGUACCGUGUUUACUGACCUCCAUGGUGGAUUAUCAAGCUAGUUACCUAUCUAUAGUAAACUAUCUUACUGUAUCAGAUUUACCCAUUAAAUUCAGGGUUUUUCACAACAAAAGAUCCUGAGGCAAUUUAAGCCUUUCAGUCAGUGGGCUACGUCGAUUGUUGUGCUGUAUUGUAUUGUUUGUAUUGUAAUUGGCUGAUAAAUUUUUUCGUGGGUUAAGUGCGCCGCAAUUUUCUAAAUGUUGGGAAUCCCCGUUGUGAGACAUGGAACUUUGUUCUCCACAAGUCCUGAGAAUUUGGAGACAGCAAGCAUUGAUAAUGAGUCAUUUUACCUUUCAGAUUCUAGUGUAAAGUCAGUUAAUGUUAAGCCUAUUUGGAAAGUUACAUGUAGUUUUCCAUUGUAUCUGUAUUCCUGCUCCAGCGCUAUUAGUUUGGAGUUCUUUUCAAAGGCAACUGUUGAAUGUGGUGCUGAGAUUUUUCAGGCGAUGAGGAAUUUCUCAAAAUGAUGCUACUAUGAAUGUUUUCCUACACAACUUUACAAAAUGGUGUUUGAGAACUGCUGCAAAUCAGAAUUUAAAACAAUUAUCUGAAAAUGCUUGUUUGUGGAGUGAUGGCGUACCUCGUUCAGUUUAUGCUGUACAUCAUAAUGAUGCAAUAGAUACUAUAUAUAUACUGUUUUCUUGUAAUGUAAGCUACAAUCAAAGGGAAACUUGGCUCACAGCACUUAACAUAAUUCAAGUGCUACUAAUUUCUAUUUUCAAUAAAUGUUGGAAAAGAAGGAUUUCUUAGAUUUAUAUAAGAAUGAAGCAAGAGCUGAUGUUGCUCAGUGCCUUUUCUGUGUGAGGAUUGAGAUGCAUGUUUGUGGUUGAGAAUGCAAUACAAUAAUGUGCCAAUUCAUGUUAAUGUUGCCAAAGGAACAAGAGAUGUAAUGUUUUCUAUUACUUGCCUGUCUGUUAGAAAUGACCAAACUGGUAUUUACAAAAAGAUAAUUAUUAUUACAGUAAAGUACAAGAGAUUAGAUUAAAUCACUAAUAAAAGCGCAUUGUUUUUUAUAUUA